GAUCAUCUUUGUAGCCCUCUGCCGGAUCCUUGCCAGUAGCCCCUUCUGUUCCUUGUACCGAGGAGCCCAGAACUGGAGACAGCACAGCAGUCAGCUCCAGCCCCGCGAUGAAGAGCGGCCGCCAGUGCGCCUGCGCGCACAAAGUGCCGGACAAGCGGCCUCGGCGGGGGACCGGGAUAGCCCAUCCCAGCGCUGGUCAGGUCGCGCAAUAAACGCGCCUUGUCCGGAAAGCCGGUGCGUCCCGUAUGGAUGUCGCUUCCUAUUCCCGGUGCCGGUGUCCCUAGCCCCGGGGUGGGCGCGCCAACCCCCCCAGCCCCUCCGUGCGGCUCCACAUGCUGUCCUUAAGGAGCACUUCGUCACUGCACGAGCAGUAUCAGAAGAAGCAGUCUCCCCCUCAGAUGUUGCCCCCCCGGGCAGGUGCCAGCUUCCCGCCGCCCCCCCCGCCCGGCCGGCCUGGCAGGAUGGUGAGAGCGCAGGAGGCGCUCGGGGCCGAGACACGCCCCCAGGAGACGCCCCCGACCGCGCCCCUCGGCGGCGCAGCCUCGCUCGCCAUAGGGCAGCUCCGGUCACGCGGGGCGCGGGCGGUGGCGCUCUCGCGAGAGUUGCGGGUGUAUGUGGGCAGUGCGGGCGGAAGUGCGGUCCUUUCCCGCGGCGCCGAGGCCUGAGCAGGAUGAAGCUCAACAUCUCUUUCCCAGCCACUGGCUGCCAGAAACUCAUUGAAGUGGAUGAUGAGCGCAAGCUGAGAACAUUCUAUGAGAAACGGAUGGCCACGGAGGUCCUGGCUGAUUCCCUUGGUGAGGAGUGGAAGGGAUAUGUUGUCCGGAUCAGCGGUGGCAAUGACAAGCAAGGCUUCCCCAUGAAGCAGGGUGUCCUGACUCAUGGACGCGUCCGCCUUUUGCUCAGCAAGGGCCAUUCCUGCUACCGCCCCAGAAGGACCGGAGAGAGAAAGCGCAAAUCCGUUCGUGGCUGCAUCGUUGAUGCCAACUUAAGUGUCCUGAACUUGGUCAUAGUGAAAAAAGGUGAAAAGGACAUCCCUGGGCUGACGGACACAACUGUGCCCCGUCGUCUUGGUCCCAAGAGGGCGAGCAGGAUCCGCAAGCUGUUCAACCUGUCUAAGGAGGAUGAUGUUCGCCAGUAUGUUGUGAGGAAGCCUCUGAACAAAGAGGGAAAGAAACCCAGAACCAAGGCUCCUAAGAUCCAGCGGCUGGUGACUCCUCGGGUGCUGCAGCAUAAGCGCAGACGCAUUGCUCUGAAGAAGCAACGCACUCAGAAGAACAAGGAGGAGGCAGCAGAAUACGCAAAGCUCUUGGCCAAGAGAAUGAAGGAAGCCAAGGAGAAACGCCAGGAGCAGAUUGCAAAGAGACGCCGGCUUUCUUCAUUGAGAGCUUCUACAUCUAAGUCUGAAUCAAGUCAGAAGUAAAGAUGUACAUGAUAUUAAAAAUAAACCCUUUUUGUGGUUAA